AUGUUUCGCGCAUUUGCGAACUCGCCGGUGUACAAAACACUCCUCCGGCCCCUCAGUAGCAAUUCGAUGCUCGCGCUGUGUGUCACGACGGGAUGCAUGAGCGCGUUCGUGUACUGGUCCUAUGCCCGAAGUAGCCUGGCCACGCUGCGACAGACACAAGAGGGCUGUCAAGGUAUAGCUGAAAACGCCUUUGUGCAGAGCAGGAAAUUGUUGAAGAGCCUGGAGGAGGACUGGGCUCAAGAUAUGAAGUCGCGUGACGACUCGGUGCGACGACUGGAGCUGCAGAACGUGGAACAGACACGCAGCAUCGCUCGCCUGGAUGCGGCAAUGAAACUCUGCAUCGCACCAGGACCACAAGUGCCAGAGUGA